AUGCGCUGCCCCUCCUGCAGCAAGCGUUUCAAGAAUGAGGGACGCUUUCUGCAACACCUGAAUCAGCCUUCUUCUCACUGUUACAAGUGGGAUGGUAACCUAGUUCGCAUCUUAAGACCAGCACAAGCUCCAAGUCCUCAAUUUCCUCUCCACAACGACACGGACCCGACCUUUGACCCGGAGUAUAUGGACCAUGGAGUUGAUGCAGACACUGGAGCGGAGUAUGGGUCUUCAGGCUCGCAGGCAGAUUACGGUGAAGAAGUGGAGUUUUAUGACGGUGCAGGCAAGACGUGGGGUGUUGGGAAGACUUUCAUGGACCAAUUCAACGAGGAUGAAUAUGCUGCAGAGAGGGAGCAAAACCAAUACUUUCCUUUCGCUAGCAAACCGGACUGGGAGAUGGCAUCGUAUAUUCUUCGGUCCGAUCUUAGCAUGGCCGAAAUCGACGAGUACCUCAAUCUUGAAUUUACCAAAACACUCCCGUUGUCAUUUCGCUCUUCGCGAGAACUCCGAGGACGUGUUGAAUUGCUCCCAGCUCCCCCUCAAUGGAAGUAUCAAAAAAUCACUACCGAGUUUCCAACGACAAAAACCCUUCAAAUAUUUUAUCGGGACGCAAUCGAGUGCUUGCAGUCACUUCUCAGUCACCCACUGUUGGCCGCCAGCUUUGAUUUCAUCCCAUGCAAGGUUUACGAGUCUGCCGAACGUGCGGUUCGAGUUUAUCAUGGUUUCAUGACAGGCGAUCAUGCUUGGAACCUUCAGAAAGACCUACCUGAAGGUGCAUCCCUCCUUGGUGUAGUCCUCUCCUCGGACAAGACCAAGGUCAGCAACAUCGCUGGCAACCGUUACGCGCAUCCACUUCUUGUUAGUCUCGCCAAUAUUGAUCCUGGAGUGCGUGCCAAAGGCUCCUUACAUGCAUAUAUCCCACUUGCUUUGCUUCCUGUUGCAAAGUUCUUGCACAGGAACAAGCGCAUGCAUGGGGUUCUCGCAGACCGUUUACUUCACCAAUGUAUCGACCUCGUUGUUGAGCCAUUGAAGCAGGCUGCCCGUCUUGGCGUUAUGAUGAGUGAUCCACGGGGUUUUAGCAGGUAUUGCUUCACCCCCCUCGUUGCUUAUGUCGCAGAUACUCCGGAGGAACUUGUAAUUGCAUGCGCCACUAUGAACUCAUCGCCUGUCACUAUGGCUACCCGUGAAGACUUUGGGGACCCAAUCCGACACCCUCCUCGUGAUGGAUCAUCAACCCUUGCCAACAUUGCAGCGAUUAUAACAUCUAUCUCACCUUCCGAUCUCAUCCCGUUCUUCGAGGCAUGCAAACGCUACAAUCUAAACGGUGUUGACUUGCCAUUCUGGAGGAAUUGGCUUACCGCAAAUCCUUCCUCCUUCCUCACUCCAGAACUACUUCACCAUCUCCAUAAAAUGUUCUGGGACCAUGAUCGUCUCUGGUGCACAACAGUGGUUGGCUCGCAGGAAAUUGAUUUUCGUUUUGCGCUCCUCCAGGUGUGCACUGGUUACCGUGCAUUCAAGGAGGGAAUCUCCGCUUUGAAGCAAGCCACCGGGCGAGACCAUCGCAACGUUCAACGAUACCUCGCUCAAGCCCCGCAUUUCACCGACAAGCAAGUGGUAGAUUUAGACCGCUGUCUUAAAGUCUUUCAUCGGUUCAAACAGUCUAUCGUUGACGCUGGUGCUCGGCGGGGGAAAGGGGGUGGGGAUAAGCCAUGGGCGAUUCCAAAGCUCGAGCUGCUGCAGGGGGUAGUGCCCAGUAUUUGUUCACACGGCGCUGUCAUGCAGUGGUCUGCAGACCCCACUGAACAUGCGCACAUCAAGGUUGUGAAGGAGCCAGCGAGGGCAGGGAACAAUCACGACUACGACGCGCAAAUGCGUGCACAGGAGGACCACGAAAGGGACGAAGACAACGAGGGUGGUCUUGUCCAGCAUUUUGUCAAGGACUACUUUGCUUGCGCGCGCGACCUCAUUAAUGGUGUUCAUCCUCAAGCUCCCCGUCCCUAUCGAACAUUCUCCACCUCAAUUAACGCUUACCAUCUCAGCUAUGACCCCACGCACACGAAAAUGACAGUGGAUAAGGCUGCUGAAAACUUCUCUCUUCCUGACCUCCGUCCCGCAGUCUCCGAUUAUCUUGACCAGGUUGAUGCGCAUGUUGAUCACUUCGCUGUUGGUGGGAGGCGCCAUGCCCACCCUGGCUGCCCCCUCCCCUUUGAACGCAUUCAACUUGAGCCCGCGCAAACGCUACAUGCUCAACCACCCUCCAGUGCCUGGCCAUACGGCCGAUAUGACUCUGUCAUCGUUAGUUCAGGCAACACGCACAAGUGGCCAAAAAGUGGACUGGAUGGACACUUUGUUGCUCACCUUCGCUUGAUUUUUCGUCCCAUCACGACACUCUCAUAUUCCGAAUCAUAUCUUGCAUAUGUUGAACGUUUGGAUGUUGUGACUCUCGACGAUUCUACGGGUAUGUAUAUUCUCAGGCGUGCUCGACGAGCGAAUAAUGACCGGAUUGGCGAUGUCAUCCCAAUAACUCAGAUUGUGGCACCCGUCCAUCUCAUCCCGCAUUUUGGUCCAAAAGCCGAUCCGCGACUGACGAUGCAAAGCAGCAUUAACCAUGCCACAGAGUUUUACCUGAAUAAAUUCUGGAAUAAGGAGCUUUUCUUUGCGCUUCAUGUGACUAGUAGAUAA